GCUAGUGUCGCGGUCUGCUCUUCUCACACACAGAAAGAAGGUGGCGCCAAUAUCCUAGAUACACCAGGAUUUCUGGGAAACCACAAUCAUUAUGUAACGCAUUGUCAAGUCUGCAUAUAGCACCUGCAAUGGCACUAGAAUCACUAAGUUUCACUUUGACAUCUUCUGGUCAGUAGGCGAAGUCUUCAUCAGUGGGCAGCAUACAACUAGGCCACUAAACUGAGUCAAUAGCUUUAUUCACUCGGUCAAUUUGACUAUAGAUUAUAGGAGGAGUCAUGUGAAAUAUAAUAUAUUAAUAUCGAAAUUCCAGUUCAUACCGAGAACGAAACUGCUAUUAUAAAGUUUAAAGGGAAGUAGCCGAGAACAGAAAGCAUUACCUAAGUUUCUGUUAAUGGUCUGCGAAAAUACACAAUAUAAUCUUGGAAUUUACCUCCACACUCACAGCUGAAACAUGGUGAAGAUGACCCCACUGAUUAUGUUCCUCGUCCUCUCUGCAACCAAAGAGCUAGUCAGAGGAGGCCAUACGUCUGUUCAUGUCCGGGAGGGAGAGAUGGCAGUGCUCCAGUGCCCACUGCGGACCACCAAGGCAGGGCACAGGGAGGGGAACCUGACCCUGGCAUGGAGCAACCACUCUGGGCCUGGGGAGCUUCAGGAGCCUGCGGUGUGGAGGUCUGAAGACACUCUCAUCAUCCUGAGGGUCUCUCCCAACCAACAGGGGUCCUACUCCUGCUCUCUACUCGACGCCAGUGGCCAGCCCCUGAGAACAGCGUGGUUUAACAUCACAGUGUUCUCUGGCCAGUGUUACACAGAUGUGGAUGUGUACGUAUCCACUUGCUAUCUGAAACAGUCCUGUGAAAAGUUAACCUGCACGUCAGACAGCAUCCCACAAAACUUCACAACACAUAAUUAUACGUGGUACAAGAACUGUAACACAGAGUUACCCACUGACUUUGGCGAUGGAUACCUGACGAGUGCUUCUGAGAGUGACAGUGGUUACUAUACCUGCACUUCAUACUACACAUACAACUCUAGCCUCCAUGAUGGACAGGUGUUUACCUUGUCCAGAACCAUGGAGAGGACAGUUAAAGAAGGAAGUUCCCAGGUUAUGCCAAAGAUCAUCAAACCUCAGGAUGGGGAGGUUAUUGAAGUAGAUAUGGGAUCCACUGUGGUGGUGGUCUGCAGCGCUGUCCUGUCCUCUGCAUUUGACCUCUUACACUGGAUGGAAAACAUAUCUUUUGUGAAGAAGAACCAGGAGACCCUACCAGUGUUUUAUAACACUUCAGAAGAGAAUGGCCACCAGCAGGCAUCGCUGGUGAUCAGGCAGGUGUCAGAGGAGCAGCUCAGGAACACAUACACCUGUCAAGUGGAGUCUCCAUCUGGGGACUCCAACGUCUCCAUCACCUUCCAACAGAAGAGUCCACCACAGUUCCACUUCCUGGUGCUGGGUAUAGUGGGGGUCUUUGCCGUGACGGUGGUGGUGGUGACUGUUGUCUAUGUCAAGCUGAAGGUGGACAUCAUUCUAUUUCUCAGAGAUGAUCUGGGUUGGUGUCAACACAACGUCUCUGAUGGGAAGCGUUACGAUGCCUAUGUGUUGUGUUAUAAGAGUGACACAGAGUCAGGUGUCAGUGAGGAAGACAGGCGUCAGGUGGAGGAGGUGCUGGAAGAGGAGUAUGGUUACAGCCUGUGUCUCUACGACCGUGACGUGCUCCCUGGGGAGGCGGUGGCUGAGGCGGUGCUGCGGUGUAUAGAGCAGAGCCGGAGACUGAUCCUGGUGCCCAGCAGCCUGGGGCUGAACCCAGGGCAGGACAGUCAGUAUAGUCUGCUCACUGGGCUCCAUGCUGCACUGGUGGAACGGCAGACCUGGCUGGUCCUCAUCCAGACAGAGUCAGCCCCAGACAGCCAGGUGGAUCUGGACCUGGACUCCCUCUCUGAGGCCCUGCGGCUGCUGGCCCAGUCAGGACACACCGUCACCUGGAGGGGCUCCCACUCCAAACCCCUCUCCUCACCCUUCUGGAAGGAGCUGCGUUACCGUAUGCCUGCCAGGACCAGACAGUGCCCCCCGAAGGAUGAGAGGAACAUUCUGUGAUUAUAUAGGAUCCAGGGCAGGGUUUGGGUUCAGUCACUUCACAAAGUAAACUGAAAUUCAAAUUCAAAUGAAAUAAUGGCAUCUAUUUUCAAUGUUUUUUUUUGUUUUUUUAACUUCAAAUUGACCCCAACCCUGCUCCGGGGUGAAAUAAAUGCAUCUAACUUGAUUAAUGUGCCAUUUUUAACUAUUUACCUAUAAGAGUUUUGCCUAUAAUAGUUUUCCUUACCCCAGAAACAGAAUGGUGUGGGCGUAUACCGGUCAUUAAAAAUAUUAAUGCGGCUAGACCGCUGAUUGGCCAGCUCGGCCAAUGAGCCAACAUUAUUACAUCAUGUUCUGUGAGGAAAUAGCAAGAAGUGUAUUUGAGAUAUAAGUUUGAGGUGGGGUUUUUGUGUGUUUUGUUUUCUCAAAUGUAUACAUUGGCCACAAAUACGAGUAUAGGACAUUAUUUGGGUACGAGUUAAUGGAAUAUGAACUUGUAAAAGUGAGAUUUUCACUGGACAUUUACUUUAAGACCCACUGACAUCCAAAACUACCACGGUAUACUCUGCUUGUCCAGUGGACAGAAGACUUGUCUUUCUCGCUCUACCUGUUUCUCUCUGUUACCAGUCGGGGGCCAGACCCCCCCCCCCCCCCCCAAAAAAAAAAAAAGCUUUAAGAGAUUCAAGGAAAGACCACGCACAGCAGCAGGUCACACCUCAAUGUAGUUACGUACACUCCCAAAAAACAUGAAACAGAAGUGACAUUGAGAAGAAAUGCAUGAAUUCCUUGGCCUUGAUAUUUCAUAGGGCUUUAUUUAGGAGUCUGCUAUGAUAAGAAUCACAAUAGAAUCACCAAGUACAUUGACAUGAACCAGGAAUUUGACCUGGUGAAAUGAUGCUGACAACAACAGUAAACAGGAUGUCCAGACAGGAUAUAUAGAUGAAGAAUUGUCUCAUAAUCCACAUAGUAUGAGUAGAUGGGAUUAUGACAUGUAUUGAUGAAGGCAUUGAUGAGUGAUUACAUUUGUCUUGUUUUGUGUUCAUUUAUUUGGUGUUUUAGUUCUGUUUUAUCUAGACGUAUUAAUUAUUACGCCUUUAUUUGGGCAUUUAAGCCUGGACAUACAAUGUACAUAUGGUCUAUGGGACCUGGUCAAAAGUAGUGGACUAUAUGGGACACAGCCUCACUGAUUC